CUGCCCUCUGGACUGGUCUGUCACAGUAUUUUCUUGUCUCCUCCUCCUCCUCAUUAUACUACGCCAGAUCUUCGUCAUCUGGUCCAGACCAUCUUCUAUGCAAUGCAGGACGUUAAGACCUUUAGACCAGCCAUGCCGCCAUCUCCAGUACCUGAAGAUUUGUCUUCGAGCAUGAUUUCCCGAAGUCCAGGAUCGACAGAAGACAGUGAUUCAGAUGAGGACAGAUUCUGUAAUGGUUGUAAUUCGUUCUGUUCACCCGGGCACAACUGUACAGCCAAAGAAGGUGAACAGAAUAACAACAACAUUGAUGGUUAUUCUAUGGCCGAUCUUACAUCAAAAAAUGAGUUCCUUGCAUGCCUCCAUCUCAAGAAGUCUCCUGAGGUACGGGAAGAUGAAGAACAAGAUUGCUUUAUUCAAGAAUACAGAAGGAUGAAGCUUAAAGGAGAAUUCCCAUGCAGAUUGUGCAGGUCAACUUUUCCGAAUCUUAGAGCUCUCAAGGGACAUAACAGAGUUCAUAUGUCGUAUGGGGUCCUUCAAUGUAAUCUUUGUCCUUAUGCAGAUACUGAUAAAAAUGGACUCCUUCGGCACAUGAGGUGUCAUAAUGGAGACAGGCCCUAUGAGUGCUCUCUUUGCAAUUUUGCUUUCACAACAAAAGCUAAUUGUGAGAGACAUCUUCGCAACAGACAUUCAGCCACAAAGACUGAUUUAAGAGGUUGUAUUAUCCAUCAUGACGAGUCUGAGAAGCGAGAUGCAGGUACAAUGACUGUAGAAGCACCAUUGGACCUUUCAACGAAAAGAACUCCUGCAGAGCCUGUUCCAUAUCCAUACCUAGACGUGAGGAUGGUUGUCAAAAAUGGUGUUCUAGUUCCUAAGCAGAAACAACGAAGGUACAGAACUGAAAGGCCAUUUGGCUGUGACUUCUGCACUGCAAGGUUCACAUUACGAUCCAAUAUGGAGCGUCAUGUGAAGCAACAACAUCCACAAUUCUACUCAGCAAGAAAAAGGCGGCCAAGGGAAGAGGACAGAAUAUCUGAUAAUGUAAGGACAGCGUUGACGGGUCAGUUAAAGAGGCGAGAAGAGGAUUUAAGAGACCUGGCAACAGUUUCACGGCUUCUAGACAAUGCUAGAGGAACCUUUCAACAAUUCUUUGGGGACAAACAAGAAGUGAGCGAUGAAGAAGGGCUGGUAGCAUCAGCCAGUGACAAUAGCAGUGAUGAUAAAUCUGAGCCAGAGAAUAAGAAAAAGAGUGCCUACUCAUUAGCUCCUAAUCGAGUAUCCUGCCCCUACUGCUAUAGAAAAUUUCCAUGGUCGAGUUCACUGAGGAGACAUAUUCUCACACAUACUGGACAAAAGCCUUUCAAAUGUCCCCAUUGCCCUCUUCUGUUUACAACCAAGAGUAAUUGUGACAGGCAUCUCUUGAGAAAGCAUGGUUCUGGCGACAGAGCGAAAAGGCAGAAACUCGAAACUGAACAAGAACAUAUGGUGGAAGGAUCUGAAAUGCCAUUCAAGUGCCACCUAUGUGAUACUUCUUUUGCAGAACGACAGGAAACCCUAUCUCAUUUAAAAGAAAAACAUGGACCAGAGUAUGAUUCUUUGGUUUCAAAGGGAGCCUUAGAAUCCAGUUGUGAAGAUGAAGAAGAUGAUUCUAGGCAAAGAGCGGACUACGCCAACCGUAAAGUGGUGUGUGCCUUCUGCUUAAGGAGGUUUUGGUCAGCUGAAGAUCUUAGGAGGCAUAUGCGAACACAUACUGGAGAAAGGCCCUUUAGUUGCUCAGUCUGUUCAAGAAAGUUUACUCUGAAACAUUCCAUGCUUAGACAUAGAAAAAAACACGACCAGCAAGAGGAACCUGAGUCUGACCUCAUAGGCAAUCUCUUGGGGAUACGAGACAAGUCCCUGGUGGACACAAUGAUUGAAAAAGGCCCCACAGAUGCUGCUAAAAUCCUUGGCUUGGAGAAGAAUACUACUUCUUGAACAGAGAUGGAAAAGCAAUAUCCGUAUGGAGUGUGAAAAGAAAUUUAUUAUAUCUGGUACCAAGAUUGUUUAGUUCAUUAUGAUCUGAAUUGAUAGUUAGCAACUCAAAUACAGGAGUUUCAUGAAAAAUAUUAGACAGAUGCUUUGUCGGAGAAAAAAUCUAUAAAACCAAAGACUAGAUUGAGAAUCUGUGAGUACUAUACCAUUGAACCUGUUUCCGAAUGGUACAGUAAAUAAUAAAUUAUAAAAUAUUGUUAAUGAUUUAUUAUACAUGGUUAUAUAAUAAGUAAUAUAAAUAUAAAUGAAAGCUGGGUUAAUCAAACAAGAUAGUGAACAGCUCUCAUUAUAACCAAAGAAUCAUUUCAAUUCUCCCAUAAAUAUUUAUAAUCAAAAGGAAAACUUUUGGUGCCAGAUAUAAUGUUAGAGAAAAAUGGAAAAUGUAUGUUGUUUCAACAAUACAACGAAUAAGUAAUUAUCAACCAUCUCUUUCACAAUUUAAGACCAAAGAAUAAAGUAUAUAUUAAAAAUAAUUAUAAAAUAAUAUGAAUGAUAAUAAAAUUUUAAUAUUUAAAUAAUUCUUAGUUAUAAAGGUGGUAUUGAUCACUGCCUGUAUUUUUUUUUCAUUCAUUUAAUGUAAGUAGAUUUUAUCAAUGUAUUUAGUAAAAGAUAUAUUUAAAUUUCAUAAAAAUGUAUUUGGUAUUGAGCACUGUUUUAUUUGUCAUUAAAAUUAGAUUUGUGCAUGCUCAACACUGUAGAUUUAACUAUUAGUUGGCAGCUGUUAAUAACUCAGCACUAAUUUAUAAAUAAAUGAUACACUAGUCAAAAACAAUGAAACAAUGUGUUUUGUGUUCCUCAAAGGGCAUUAAUAAUUAGAUGAAACUAUUUCUUUAAUGAUUUGCUUUGAUAAUAUAAAACACUAAUUUACGUUGGCACUAAGUAUUUCAAUGAAUUUUUGAAAAUACAUCAGAUUGUAUGAAUAUAAGGUCCACAACUCAAAAAUUGUUGUUAUACCAAACACAAACCGUCCUGCAUAGAAGCCCCGAGGGUGUUUGUUCAUAUUGCUCCACCUUAAGACCACCUAUUAUUUCUUAUUGGUUUUGCUAGCUACUUGAGAGCUGGCUGCUCUUUGAAAUGAUAGUGGUCCAUUAUCAAAACUUCUGGUGUAAACAAUUUUGGGUUAUGUUCCUCGUAUUCUCACACUGCGAUAUAAUUAAUAUGUAUUUUUUUAAAUCACAGUUCAAAUGUUUGAACAAAACAAGUACUUUAGUGCACAGCGUUAAUGUUCUUAUUAAAAUUAAAUAAAUAAAAUAUUGCGUAUAGCUUUCACAGUGUUUUUUAAAUUAUGUUGCUUUGUUGUGUUUCAGGCUCAUUUUUUAUUUUUAUUUUUAUUUAAUCAUCUGAGAUUGAAACUUAACUAAACAACAUAGUUCUGAAUAUUCUUAAGACUUUAAAAACAAAUGCAACAAUCAAUGUUAGAAAAAAAAACGUUAAAAGUUUUAGUUCCCAAAUUUGAUUUUCAUAUAAUUAGUAACAAUAUAACAUUCAUUUUCCUAAUGAAUAUUAUGGCUAACAUAAAUUAUAACUUUAAGGAAUUUUGUAAAUAAUGUAUGUUUUGUUUUGUUUAGUUUUAUUAAUAUGAGAGAGAAUGUAUGUGUCUUUCAAAUUGGAACUAUUUCUUUUCUAUAAUUAUUCCAUCAUAAAUUGUAAAAUAAAUUGAACAUGUGUGUAAAUAUGAGUCUAUAAUAUAUUAUUAGAAAUAAAAUGUUAAUUUUACCCUUUAAUAGUCAAAACACACAUAUUUAAUAAUUAUUACAUAUAUUUAAAAAUGGCAAUAUUGUAGACAUUAAGGCACGGUUAAUAUGAAAAUUAAAGUGAAUGUAAAACUUUAAAAUAUAAAUUUCUAAAAAUUC